AACCUCACAAUGGGCAUACACGGGUUUUUCUUCCUGGUACUGAUAGCAAGUGCAGCCGCCGCACCAUGGCGUUGCUUCCGCACCAAUGGUGGUACGGUGUGCUUUGGGGACCUCGGCCAGCCUACCCUUUGCCCCCCAAACAUCAACAUAGGACGCGCUGGCCCACCUUGCACCGGCCCGGCUACAAUAUACACACCCCCUUGCCCGUGCCCUUGCCCUCCCCCACCAUGCCCACCACCAUGCCCCCCGCCUUGCCCACCACCAUGUCCAGAGCCCGAACCAUGCCCUUGUGAUUAUUAAGGCAAAAGAAUCUGUUAAAUUUGGGGUUUGAAAAUUUAUAAAUUUGGGGAAAAUGGGUUUAGGAUUUUAAGAAAUACGUCACGUUUCAUUUACAAUGUUCUUAUAUUUGGCUUUGUCAAUGUUUGGUUGAUAACGUUAAUAAAAUGUUUUUGGACUGA